GAAACAAAGAUUUUCGCGUGAAAGAGAGAGAGAAAAAAAAUGUAUAAACAAAAAAGCAGAGGAUAGCAAGUCCAGAUACAGUUCAUAUAUGGCAGACAACCAAAAGAGUUGAGAGGUAUUGGACGGCUUAGAUUUUCCAGACACAGGCACCUAAAUUCACGAUCGCCUCCUUUUUUAUCUCUAUUCCCUGUGAUGCUCAAAAAUAUACUUCCUUUAUAAUUCCUGCAGGACUGGAGAGAAGCAUUUCAUCUCUGUGCCUCUGCCUCUCUCCCCUUUGGCUCCGUUAAGGUAUAAAAUUCUGGACUUUGAUAGUUAAGUAACAGCUGAUACUUGCUCAGGGACUUUUUCUCUGGAAGAAAACUCUGAAAUAGUGAAAAGCCACGGCAUAAUUUGAAGUUGGUGUCUUUUUGGCUUUUGGGUGUUUGGUAUUUUGAUUAGGGAGUUGACAUUUGUAGUUUUUUGGGGUGUUGAUUAGUUUAAAAAGGUUUUGUUACUAAAAGUUGAUAUUCUUGGAUUUUAGCUGUGGAUAAUUUUUGCAAUAUAGAUGGUCAUGGAUCAAUCCUUAAACGGAUUAUAUGGCACUGUCAAUGGCUUGAAACUCAACGAUGACACCCUUUCUGUUUUAUCAAGUCAGAAUCUGGUUAAUGCGUUAAAAUUGGAUAACAACUUUGUCAAUCAACACUAUGCCAAUAUUCCUCCUUUGCCACCUGAUCUAAUACAUAGUAAUUCAGUUUUAUCUUUGAGUAUGAGCCAAGAUGGGGAUUCAACUGAGGAUUUUGAUUUCAGUGAUGUGGUUCUAAAAUACAUUAGUGAGAUGCUCAUGGAAGAAGAUAUAGAAGGGAAAACUUGUAUGUUUCAAGAAUCCUCAGCGGCACUUCAAGCUGCUGAGAAAUCAUUGUAUGAGCUUAUUGGGGAGAAGUAUCCUCCUUCACCCGAUUAUGAGUUAGUAUCUCAUUUAGGUCAAAACCACAAAAGGCCAGAUGAAAGUCAUGACUUGAAUUAUGCUAAUUAUACAAGCAGUUCAAACAACACUAGUGGUAGUAACUUAGUUGAUACUGGUUGUAACUAUGAUUUGAGUGAGUAUAGCUCCUUGAGAUAUGCUUCUCAAUCAUCUUCACUAUCAUCUCAUAGUUCUGCGAAUAGCACAGGUACUGUUAUUGAUGGGUUUGUGGAUUCACCAGCGAGUGUGAUUUCUGAGAUAUUUAGUGAUAGUGAGUCCAUUAUGCAGUUUAAGAAAGGGUUUGAAGAAGCAAGCAAAUUUCUUCCAAAUGGUAGUUUGUUUAUUGAUUUGGAGAGUAAUGGUUUGUUUCUUAAGGACUUGCAUGAUGAAUCUAAGGAUGCAGGUGCAGCACUUGGGAUUGAGGAGAAGCAGGAGAGUGAAAAAAAUCCAGAUUUGUCGAGGGGAAAGAAGAAUCCUCAUCCAGAGUCUUUAAAUUUACAGGGAGGAAGGAGUAACAAGCAAUCUUUAAUUUAUACUGAAUCAACUGUGAGUUCAGCAUAUUUUGACACAGUAUUGCUAAACUGUUCACAAAAUGAUGCUCUUCGCGAAGCUUUGCAGCAUGGGAAAAGUAAGAAAAUGCAGCAGAAUGAACAAACUAAAGGGUCUGGUGGUGGAAAAGGUCGCGGUAAGAAAUCUGGAGGUAAGAGAAAUGUCGUGGAUUUGAGAACUCUCUUGACCCUUUGUGCUCAAGCUGUUUCAGCAGAUGAUCGGAGAAGUGCAAACGAUCUGCUGAAGCAAAUCAGACAGCAUGCUUCUCCUACGGGUGAUGGGAUGCAGAGAUUGGCACAUAUUUUUGCUGAUGGCCUUGAGGCACGCAUGGCUGGGUCAGGAACCCAGAUAUAUGAGGCAUUUAUGAGCAAGCCAGGGUCUGCUGCUGAUGUCUUGAAAGCUUACCAUUUGUUUCUUGCUGCAUGCCCAUUUAGGAAACUAUCCAAUUUUUUCUCAAACAAAACAAUUAUGAAGGUUGCUCAAAAUGCAAAAACACUUCAUAUUGUUGAUUUUGGUAUUCUUUAUGGUUUCCAAUGGCCUUGUCUUAUUCAGCGUCUCGCAUCUAGGGCUGGGGGACCUCCCAAGCUUCGGAUUACUGGGAUUGAUCUUCCACGUCCAGGUUUCCGACCAGCAGAAAGGGUUGAGGAAACAGGACGCCGCCUAUCAAACUAUGCAAAAACUUUCAAUGUUCCAUUUGAGUUCAAGGCAAUAGCACAGAAGUGGGACACGGUUAAAAUCGAGGAUCUCAAGAUUGACAGAAAUGAGGUUCUUGUUGUCACCUGUUUUUAUCGAUUAAGAAACUUACUUGAUGAGACUGUAGUCGUGGAGAGUCCAAGAAGUAUUGUUCUCAAUCUGAUCAGGAAAAUGAAUCCAGAUGUUUUCAUUACUGGGAUAGUGAAUGGAGCAUACAGUGCUCCAUUCUUUAUCACACGAUUCCGAGAGGCUCUCUUCCACUACUCUACUCUGUUUGACAUGCUGGAAACUAAUGUGCCUCGUGAAAUUCCAGAGAGGAUGCUGAUUGAGAGAGAGAUUUUUAGAUGGGAAGCAAUGAAUGUCAUUGCAUGUGAAGGUGCUGAGAGGAUUGAGAGGCCAGAGACAUACAAGCAAUGGCAUACUCGAGCUCUAAGGGCUGGAUUUAAGCAGCUUCCUUUGGACCGGGAGAUGUUUGCUGCAGCAAAGGAAAAGGUGAAUGCACUGUACCAUAAGGAUUUUGUGGUUGAUGAAGAUAGCCAAUGGUUCCUCCAAGGGUGGAAGGGUCGGAUUGUUUAUGCGCUCUCUUCAUGGAAGCCUGAUUGUUAAAUGUGCAUUCUGUUCCACAUUAAUAGGCAGGAUCAUGAGCUUCAACAUCUGGAUGCUUUCCUGCCUGUAUACAAUGGUGGAUUCUGUCAUGGUUUUCUUGUCAGUGAAUUUAAGGUGCAGGUACUGCUGUAGCAGUAGCAAUUAUAUGGAGAAAGAUCCGUCCUGUCUUAUGUGGCGAUUGAAUUGUCUCUGUUAUCUUGGGUGAGAAUGGCUCUAUAGAAAAUACAAUAUGUGAAUGCAGGAAAAAAAAAAGAAGAGAUAGAGAGAGGGAGGGAAGAAACAAUAAAAAAGAGACAUUGGAACACUAGUUCGAGUUGAUAACUUCAAAGAUGUUAAUCUAAAUAGAUUGCUUAUAGUGGUUUGUAGGAUUAGAGAAUGAUCAUGAGAAUUCUCUACAACAGAGAAAGAUAAUGUACAGGUUCUAUUACCCUGACGGUUCUUCUAUUUGAAAUUUUUGUUCAAAUAUCAUUUUUGCUAUUAUGGUUAAGCAGUCCCAACACAUAUUCAGCUUUUUGUUUCUCAGUAUCUGGGUGUAAGCAGUCUCUAUGCUGAAAUGUUUGGUUUCUUUGUGCCAUCAAUUGUAUCAAUGUAGUCCUUAUCAGUAGCUCUCAAGUUCCUUUUUUUCCCGGCCAUCUUGUAACACGUGGGGAGCAAAAUUUGCCUGUCA